AUGCCUGUACUCGCGCUAUCUUCGUAUCUGCAUCCGAUGGAUAUCUGCAUCACCAUCAUUGACAUCACCGCACCCCCCACCUACACCUCCACCAUCACCGCCCAAUACAACCAAUCCCUCUACUUGGGUUAUUAUUAUCUGAACAUGACAUCGUAUCUUGUCCCUUCUGGUAACCGUAACCCGGUAAUUUGCCUGGUUCGCAUUCCUUUCGGUGUUACCCCACCUCCCCACCUUGUUCACACGACUUCGACCUUACGCGACUUGACAUUCGGACUGGACUGGACUGGAUCGGUUUUGACGCCUGUUUGCUUGUUCCUCGCUGACUUUGCUUGCGUUCGUUUGAUGGUAAUCGACGAUGCGCCUCGGGAAGAGUUUUCCCCGAGACAAAGACAUACGCUCAAAGAAUUUGCGGCCAUUGCGAUGCGCGAAAUGGAACUUUGGAGGGACAAGAUCCAAUUACGCAUACGAGAUAAAAUACAGAAUUCGAUGGAGCAAUUUUCUCGCGAAUGUCUCGAGAUCGAUUCUGAAGCCCAAGCCGUAAGCCCGGACCAGCCUCAUAGUAUCGUUGGUGCAUCGAUGGAUAAGGUCUACUCUCGGGCUGCCAAGUUGGUGAAGAAGACCUUGGAUGUCGAGGGGGUCAUUGUGGUGGAUGUAAGCCAUUGCGAGGUUCUCGAGAGUUUGAACUCGGAGGGGAGCGUCAGCGUUGUUCUUCAUCACGGCGAGCCUGUAGUGAAUGUAGCUGCCGCAGGGGGCGAAACUACUGCUCGUCAACUCACGCCCGAAGAAUACAGUCGCCUCGUAGAUUACUUCGCUAAACACCCAGACGGGAAGAUAUCGGAAGGAAUCGUCCCACCGGCGUUCAGGCCGUUCUUGCCUACAAGGAUCCAGUAUGCACUAAUUGUCACUGACGGCGUUCAUCUGUCGGAACGAGUAGCCGUCCCUAUAUUCAAUGUUGACAAGAGGCCGUUCGCCUUACUCUGUGCCUACAAUGCAUCGGAGCAUACCAAAAGAUUCUUGGAGGGCCACGAAUUAUCAUAUCUGAGGGCUAUCGGGGUAAUUAUCCUGUCCGCUGUUUUGAAACGCAGGAUGGCAUUAGCGGAUAAGGCGAAGAGCCUGUUCAUAUCCAACAUCUCGCAUGAACUCAGGACGCCGCUUCACGGGAUUCUCGCCGCCGCCGAACUUCUGGCAGAUACCCCGCUAAACCACAGCCAAGCCUCAUUCCUUCAAACCGUCCAAGCCUGCGGUACAUCGCUCGUCGAAACCGUCAACCAUGUCCUAGAUUUCACUAAACUGAGCGGAAACUCAAAAUCUGGAGGCGUCGAGAAGGUCAUUGUGCCCACUAAGGUUGAUCUGAUGCAGCUUGUGGAGGAAGCAGUCGACGGUUGUUGGGUGGGUUACCGCGCCCGAACCCAAAUUAUGCGCGACUCUGCUAUUGGCAGCGUAUAUUCUCCACCGGAGAAAGACGCAGGUAACGGCCAGUCGUCGAAGCGUAAUCUCGUAGAGACCGUCGUAGACAUCGGUCAUCGUGAAGGGGGUUGGCUCCUAAAGUGCGAAAGGGGAGGCAUUCGGAGGGUGUUGAUGAAUUUAUUCGGGAAUAGUCUGAAGUUUACCUCAAAUGGCUUUAUCCAUGUCAUCCUGCGCCAAUUACCCUCAAGCAAGGACGAUCCACCUAAUAGAGUGAAGAUCGAACUCGGUGUUUGUGAUACGGGAAAGGGGAUUAGCCAAAGUUUUCUGAAGAAUCAGCUAUUCCAUCCUUUUUCGCAGGAAAAUCCACUACAGACCGGAACCGGCCUCGGUUUGGCGAUCGUCAAUAGCAUUGUCCACUCGGAUAGUGUGAACGGUACCGUCGAUGUAUGGAGUGAAGAAGGGCUAGGUACGGAGCUCAAAGUAACCUUUUCCGCGGACGUACUACCCACCGAUGAGGGAGGUUAUUUGCCCUCCUCGACGGACAUGUUCCGGUUUGACGACCCCAACAAUCCGCCUACAGUCGCCUUGGUUGGGUUCGACACAUCACACCCUGGUGUCCAGUUAUUGUUUACCGUCACUCGAAAUUAUCUCGUCUCGUGGUGGGGGUUCAACGCCAUUCAGACAGAAGACCCCGGAUUAGGAGACAUCGUCAUUAUCAACAACGAUCCGUCCGCCAUUGUGGCCGCCACGGAACGGCGAGAUACUGCUAGGCCCUUCCUCAUAUUUUCGGCAUUAAGAGGUAGCCCGGCCUUAAUGGCCAUCGCUAGCGACCACGAAAACAUAGGAGGUUUCUGCCGAAUCGUUUACAAACCCGGAGGCCCAUCGCGACUGCGCACGAUCUUGAACUUAGCUAUGCAUGCUCUCAAAAUCGUCACUCGAUCGCAAAGUAUCUCUCCGUCGGGGGACCCAAACACCGAAGGGUCUAGAGUCAUUGGUUCACCUAUCCCUCGAAGAAAUUCCGAAGAAAUAAGCACCAUCCGCGGCUCUCGACCUUUCUUCCCUCGAUCAUCGACGGCUCACCCAGGAGUAACGUCUUGGAAGGCACUCGUCUCCCCUAUAGAGGCUGACGAAUCCCCCGAGCCGGAAAUAGUUGGCCCGACGAUCCCUAUCGGUAACGGUGGGACCUUGCUAAAGUCUUCAGUAGGCACAAUCGACGUCGCUGUACGUCGGUUUCGUGUGCUUGUAGUUGAAGACAAUAGUAUCCUUCGGACCUUGCUAGUCCGAUGGCUGAAAACAAAGGGAUAUGAUUAUCGGGAUGCCGUUGAUGGUCGUGAUGGCGUCAACAUCUAUCAAGCCGAGGGUCCUUUUGACGUGGUCCUGCUUGACCUGUCUAUGCCCGUCUUAGAUGGUAUUGGAGCCACUUCCGAAAUUAGACAAAUUGAGGCUGCUCGCGAGCAGUCCGACAACAAGCCUGCUCGGGCAUGUAUUUUAGCACUAACAGGUAUGUCCUCGCUAGAGGAUAAGAGAAGGGCGUUUGAAGCGGGUGUAGACGGCUAUCUCGUCAAGCCAGUAGCAUUCAAGACGCUUGAAGAUAUGUUCCAUAAACUCGGCAUAACAUGA